AUAAAAGAAUACAAGUUUCCUAUAUAAACACCCACUGAGCGGCGGUUCCUUUCUUAUUUUCGCGGGCAGCAGCUAGCAGCAACUUCGGGUCUUUUCUGUUUGAAACUGGGCAACACACAAACGUAGCAGAACGCAACUGUGUAGCGGAAGGUUACAGUAGCUUUCAGAGGGGCCAGUCUGUAUCAGUCCGCGAGGUGUGGGGCGAAGGCAGAGCUGACGGCAGCGGCCGCCAUUUUGUGCAGCUCAGUCGCCCAUUGAGCAGCGGGAAGAAGCCGUUGCUUCCACAUUUUCUUUUCUAUCCAGACUCGUUCCCUUUAAAGCCUUCAAGCUGGAGAUGUCAGGAGGUGGCGUGAUUAGGGGGCCGGCGGGCAACAACGAUUGCCGCAUUUAUGUGGGAAAUCUGCCUCCCGACAUCCGUACCAAGGACAUCGAGGACGUUUUCUACAAGUAUGGCGCCAUCCGGGACAUCGACCUCAAGAACCGCCGCGGAGGGCCGCCCUUCGCCUUCGUGGAGUUUGAAGACCCCAGGGAUGCUGAAGAUGCAGUGUAUGGAAGAGAUGGCUAUGAUUAUGAUGGCUAUCGUUUACGUGUUGAGUUCCCACGGAGUGGAAGAGGGGCUGGAGGUAGAGGCGGUGGAGGAGGAGGAGGCGGUGGUGGUGGCGGCGGAGGAGGAGGAGGUGGGGGCGGCGGCGGUGGUGGUGGUGGCGGCGGCGGCGGGGCACCACGUGGAAGAUACGGGCCUCCAUCCAGACGCUCUGAGUACAGAGUAGUGGUAUCAGGGCUGCCUCCAAGUGGAAGCUGGCAGGACUUAAAGGAUCACAUGCGUGAAGCAGGUGAUGUAUGUUAUGCUGAUGUUUUCCGUGAUGGUACUGGUGUCGUGGAAUUUGUACGAAAAGAAGAUAUGACCUAUGCUGUACGGAAACUGGAUAACACUAAAUUUAGGUCGCAUGAGGGAGAAACUGCCUACAUUCGUGUAAAAGUUGAUGGCCCAAGAAGCCCAAGCUAUGGAAGAUCACGUUCUCGCAGUCGUAGUCGUAGCAGGAGCCGUAGUAGAAGCAACAGUCGCAGCCGUAGCUACUCUCCAAGAAGAAGCAGAGGAUCCCCGCGCUAUUCUCCCCGCCACAGCAGAUCCCGUUCCCACAUAUCUGAAGAGAUGGAUUAAAGGAUUAUGGAGGACAUUUCAAUCAUUUUAGGAUUGUCAAAUGGAGGCUUGAGGAGGAUCAAAUCAAAAAUGGAGGCCAUGGUAUGACUCCAAGUGUUAUUGUGAGACAAAAUUGGCAGUAUUGAUUUUAUGCUAGUAUUGAUUUAGCUGAGGUAGAUUUCCUGCUCCUAAAGUGAGUAGUGCUUUAUAACAAAUGAUCCACCACCAUUCCCUUGUUUUGUGGGCCUCAACAUAUAUGGAGUAUAAUAUCACUACUGCUAACUCUGCAUGUCCUCUGACUGGUAAACAUUGCUAUUGUGUUUGUUUUUUUUGUUUUUGUUUAUUUCCAGAAUUCCCCCAAAAAAUGUUCAAACAAAUGUCUGUAGGAUGCUUUGCAAGGAGUUUUGUGACCAACGUAGUAAUUCAUUUACAUGUGUCUGCAGCAGUGUAGGUGGAACACUUGACCCUCCACUCAUCACUUUUUCAAAAAAACAAAUGAUGGUUCUAAAUUAGGUAUACCCUGUAGCAAGCCUUUAUUUUAAUUUUCAUUUAAUAAACAUUACGGAAAUAGUCCAGCUGAAGACAUGCAUCCAAUAGGCUGAUAUUGUGGAAACCUGAAAGUAGUUUGUGUGGUUUCUGUUGGUAUUGCAAUCUGUCAACUACUCUAGUCCAUGUUCCAAAGUACAAUUGUCAGCUCCCCACCACAAAGACUUCAGUGAGUGACUAGAUUAUACCAUGGACAUCGUCAUUGUCAAUUUAUGAAUGUUUUAAUGCAGAUUGCAACAAUAAAUACAACACCUUUUUUUAAUAUAUAGAUUUCUGGUUAUCUAUUUAACCUUUAAAUAAUGAAUUGUUGGUGACUUGGUAAACUACAGGCCAUAACUGGAAUGUUCCUUAAAGGAACAUCAACAUGUUAAAGUGGGCUUGUCCUUAAACACAGUGGAGGCAUCUAUUUUGUGAACAUGAUCUGGUGUGCUGCCUGGUGACAUAAGGUUGCCUAUUAAUUUGAAAUUAGUGUUUUUAUUUUUUUUUAACCUGCAAAAUGGGUCCCUCCAUGGUGUAAUUGUGUCCAUUUUUAACUUUCCAUCUACUUUUUUUUGCCUCAACACUUGUGAAAGCCUCUUCUGAUGUAUUGGCUAUUCUAUACUGUCUAUUUUGUUGGUAGUUAAUUUUUAUUUUUUAACAAAUGUCCUAAAAAGCUGGCUGCAUAAACAGUCACUUGCCAUCAAUUUAUUUCAAGUUUUUGUGAUUUUUUUCUUUCUUUCUCUAAUGGUUAGGAACAUUGAAAUGUUGCUAAGUCUUCACACCUUUUUUUAUUUCUAUUAUGAUUGUUUUUGUAAUGCAUAGAGAGCCCCAGUGCACCCUGUUUUCAUUCAACUUUAUGGCAGAUGUAUACUAAAGUAGCUAAUUAGAUUUUGAAGCUUUUUAAAGAUACCGCACAAGUCAAUAGAUUUUUCUUUUGGGAAAUGGAAUUGUUAUCUGUGCAUAUCUAUAUUUUUAUUUUCAAUGGUUUUUUUUAUUUUAUUUUAUUUUUUGAGAUUGCACACAUAACUUAUCAAUUCCCAGAAACAUAUGUUGAUAAUAUCUAACUCCUCUUUUUUUGGUUUUGCUGGUUAUAAAGGUUUGGAUUGGAGAGGGCUCACUGGAUCCCAAUCCUGGAGCUGGAUCAAUGGAUUCAAAUCAUAGGAAGGAAUGAAUAGGAUAGGGAGGAUGAAUAACCAGGAUUCAUGGAGCGGAAUCAGAUAACAAGAACAUAGGAGUGGAUUCCUGCCCCAUCUAAACCGCAUUCAUGUGGAAUUUUUUUAAUUUUUUUCAAUUGGCUAUUCUCUAGAUUUUUUUUAUUUUUUCCCCUGUUUUCUAACAAGUGGAGCGCUUAGGAUGCAAGAAGGAGUUGCAUUUUUUUUUUCCCCCCUCUUAUUUUUAUUUUUUUAAAGCAAAGGAGGCCAGAGGCGCACUGGAGCAUCUCCUGGGAAGGAUACACCACGCAUAGAUGGUAAUAAAAAAUGGGUUAAUAGGGGUGGGUGGGGGUUGGCUAAGUAUGACAUUUAGUAAAUUAUCUCUAAAUUUAACAGACAUGGGUGUUUUUAGUAGAUAGGGCUCAAUUGGCUUAAGGAUCUUGUUUCUGACAAAUGCAUACAAAAAAUAACGUACUCAUUGGAAGCAGCCGGUAUGGUUCUUGACCAGUUCCCUUUCUCUUCCCUCCCCACUCCCCUUGGUUAUCUUCCAAAACAUUAACUGAAAAGUUGAGAUCGGGUUGUCCAAAUCUGAAAGCUUAAUUGGCUAGUACUUAGAUUGUAUAUCUGUAUGUGGGUGCACUGAGCAAUUAAGUGCCCAUGUGCACGGAGUUUAAACAUAUUUAAACUGUUCUUUGUGUGCAUUUAAUAAAAGUCUUUUUGAAAA